CUUUCUUCCACAGGUGUUGUUAAUGGAUAUUUGGCAGAUUAUGAUGCACUAAACUUUGCAGUAAAUAAAACUUCUAGGUUUUACAACAUUACUAUGAUCGUCAAAAUGUAUAAUCAAUCAGAAAAGAUAGAUCUAUGCCAACAAGGUAAGGCAGGUAACCUUUUUUACACCCCUUUAUUUCUAUGACAACAAUAAAAAAUAUAAUUAUAUAAUUACUUGUCCGUAAAUUUAUACCAGUCGAAAUGUAAACUCUGAGGAGAAUCUUUAUCCCUUUCCCCUCAGAAGAAAAAAACUUAGACUUUUGUACAUUAUGCUAGCAAUUUUUCUCGAGCAUUUUAGUGUGAAAAGUAUUAAUUUAAGAAAUUGAACAAAUAAAAGAAAUUGAACAAAUAAAAAGAAGAUAUUUUUACGAGAAAAUGUACUCUUUAUGUCAAAUUUCAAAAAACAAGAUUCAUAUGCCACCCUACGUAAAACAGCUGUUUAGAGCAUUAUCUUUUGCUGUAUUGACGUUGUGGUUAUACCACUUAAUAUACGUUUUGGUAGCGCUAUGAUGGGCAUUACUGAGCAUUUUUUGACCUUUUGAGCUCUUUUAGGAGGAGACAGGGCAUUUUAGUGAGAAAAAUGGAAAAUUAAGGCGGAGCAUUUUAGUAGGUAAAGGAACGCCUUAGGUACAAAAGCCUAAGUAUAGUAACAAGUGUUUUAGUACAUAUUGUAUUUAUUCCUUCAAAUUUAGAGCUUUGUCAAGCAAAAGUUGUUGCACUUAUCGAAGGAAGCCAAGCAAACUUACCUGCAUGCGCAAUAUCUACAGUAACCGGCGUUCCACUUAUCCGUCUCCAUGGAAACACCAGGUUAAAUGAUCAAUGUGAAAAUGCAGUACACAUGACAGUAGGCUACAGAAAUUACGCGCAUGCGUCACUUGACAUACUAGCUAAGUUCCGGUGGGACAAUAUCGCACUAGUUUUUGACGGUGAGUGUUCUUGACAAUCAUUGUAACUAUUACUGUUAUACUUAUGAGGGGGAGAUACCAUGUUCAUGUAUAAAGUUAUGCGUUGGGGACAAAAUCAGAAGCCAUUAGGAGUGCCGCAUGGGACCCCACCCCGAUUUCAAAGGUUGUAUUAAAAAAAACCUAUUUCACCAACAGAGCAUAAGAAAAAAAUAACUACCUAAAUUAAUUCUCUUUUACAAGAUCGUAAUCUAACAUAUUUAAAACUUUUUUAGAGAGCCGUUUGCGUGAAGCUGGCUAUUUCCACGCAGCAUCCCAGAAAUUACAGCUAAAGGUGAAUUUUUUUCACCUUCAAACAAAAGGAAUUGAUGUUGACAGAAUUGCGCGAAUAUUGGACGUAAUGGAAGAAAUUAAAGGUAUCGAGCCCGACAUCAUACUACUCUACACCAAUAACGAAAAUAUUGACUUCAUGCUGCAACAGGUACGAGAGAUAAUUAAACACAUUUCAUGUUUAAGAUGACAGCUGAAAACUGCUUUAGUGGUGUUCUUUUAGGAACCCUUUUUGUUAUUGUUGCUGUUGUUGUUGUUUGUAAGAGUCUUGCAACUGAAGCCCUGUCGUCGAAACAGAGGGAAAUACUGUUUUUUCUUUCCUUCUUUCUUUCUUUCUGUUUUUCUUUCUUUUUUCUAACUGCAAUACCAUACAACUCCACAACUAAGAAUUAAAUAUCUUUUAUAUAUAAUUUUCGAUAAAAUUCAGUUUUCAACGAUUUCAUCUUUAGACCUUUAUUCUGACUCAGAGAUAGCAGAUAGAGAACCUAGUUUUCUGGCAAUCCUGGCUUAAUCGACAUGAUCUACCCUCUCUCACUCUGUCAUUCAUAGCUAUAAUUCCCUCUUGUAUAAAAUUUUAAGAUUGGAUUUCAUUGGUUGUAAGACUUAGUCAUUCUGCUUCCCGUUUUCCUUUAUUAAUACAGCGACCAUGCAAAUGUAAAAGGGGCUAUAAAUGGAUACUUCAAGGAGAGGUACUGUUAUAAAUUAAGAGCCUGGAUACUUUUAGUAUUUUAAUUAUUACAUUAAAGAAUUCAUUUUAUUCUCUGCAGGUACCGAAAAACGUAACCUGUCAUCCAAACAAUGUUGUUGUUGCAAUGGGGCUUCCGUAUAUUAAAAGCCAUGCUCCUGAGGGCCUGGAAACGUUUAUGGAGAAAAAUUACGAUGAUUCUUACAAGGUGUGUGUUUUGCAUCCAUUGAGCUAGUGUCCUGAUAAUAUCUCAUUUCAUUCGGAAGUUUGCAAGGAUCGUUCUUCAUAUUCAGUUGCCACCCAAUUUCAAUUAAUAAAUUCAACUUGUUUGUUUUACUUUUUUGCAACCGUGAAAAUAAACGAAAAUUAAAUAUUGUAAAUGUUUAAUAAAUUCAACUUGCUUGUUUUACUUUUUUGAAACUGUGUAAAGAAACGAAAAUUAAAUGUUGUAAAUGUUUAAUUUCUCUAGGAGGACGUCCUUGCCCUUGCUUACGACUCAGUCAAAGUUCUAAAUCAAGCGCUAAACGAAGCACCCUGCUUGUCUAUUAACGGGACUUCCACUGUUCUACAAGAUCGACAAACAAUAUUGGCUUGCCUAAGAAAGGUAUUUACAAGUAUGCUAUAUAUAACAAAAAUAAACGGAGCCUUUCAUUUUAGCUCUUUUCACAUCAACCUUACAUUGUUUUUAGUAAGGCUCAGCCAAAGAAGAUAAUAAUUUAGCAUGUUUUGUUUUCUGUGUUUUGUUUUUUUCUUUUGUUGGUCAGGUUAAUUGGCAAAACGGUAUGACAGGGCCUGUCCAGUUUACAGAGGAUGGAUAUCGGAAAGAAAUUCACUUGGAAAUUUUAAACUUGCAGAACAAUUCAUUUCAAAAGGUAUGUGUACACCAUCACUAUUUCACCUUUUUUUUUUCUUUUCUAUUUGAGUAACAAAUUCUGCUAAUGUAAGACCUGUCAGUGGUUUUCUUUCGCUUCUGAACCGGAAACUCUUUCAUGUCUGUCACUUAAUCUCAAGCGUCUAAGUCAUAUUAUCAGUCUCUUUCAGUUUCAUUUUUUCCACUUCAUAACACUCUGCGCUUCUGACCACUACUUUUGCACAAGGUGAAGCACUUUCCACUUGGCUUUCUUUUCCACAGAUAGGCACUUGGAAUUCAACCCAAGGUGCCAUGAUGUCUGGGGAUAUCUUAAGUAACAGGAUAACUCCAUCUUCUGGAGAAACUGUGGAAGGAAAACAGUUGCAAGUGGUACUAUUGGAGGUAAAAGAAGAAGCUCUGGUUUACGAAAUUUUCGAGAAAUGUUAUGUUGAACUCAAAGGAAAUGGCGUUCAAGAGCUAAUUCCCGAAAGUUGCCUUAACUUUUAAUGUCUUACAUUAAACUAUAAUUUAAGGUACUUAAUUUCAUUGUAGUAUAAUUUAAUGCCUUUUAAUUAGCAUGUUUCUAAUUUAUAUGUAGACUGUACCGUAAACUCUAUUAGCUCUAAUUUAAACGGCGUUUAAAUACAAGUUGUUGUUUUUGUUAUGUAUAGUAAAGGAAAGAAAAAAAGGGAACAAGAACGUGCAACUUGAAGUUGCAACAUUGUCUCAAAACGAGUUAGGAAGCAAUGUUGCGCGUUUUACCACCCACGAAUCAAACCUGUCUUGUAAUAAAUCAGAUUGCUGCAACCUGAUUUUUUACAAAACAGGUUUGAUGUUGCAGGCCUGAAGUUGCAAAACAACUUGCUUGUUAUUGUUGCCCGUUUUAAUGUAGGUUGAUAUCACCAGAGAGAAUUGUAAUCUGUUAAUGAUACGAAAAUAUAAAUGGUUAGUUAAUCUUUCUAUCUACUACUCUUUAGAGAUUUUUAUUGAUAUAUGAUGACUGAAUUAAUAUUGGUUUUGUACAUCAGCAAUAUUGAUAUUUAGUAAAAUCCAACUAGUGGUCUAUUAUCAAUGAUGAGUUCUGAUUGGUUGAGCUACUACUAGGCUAUAUGUUAUAGUCCACUAGUAGCGAAAAGCACGGGCUUUUUGGCGGCAAAAAAGGAUUAAAGCCUAGCUUUAACUAGCUAAAAGUUUUUUAUUCUCGAUAUUUUUGACCAACUAGUUGGAUUUUACUAAAACUAUUAUUCCUCUCGCCCUCAUGGCCUCUGAGUCAAUAGCCCAUACGGCUUUCGGCCUCAUGGGUUAUUGACUCAGAGCCCAUUCGGGCUCAAGGAAUAAUUGUUAAGUAUACGGCUGAUACUCAUACAUAUUUUUCCCAACACAGAGUGAUCCCCCAUUUGUCAUGGUAAAAAAAGAGGAUGGUGGCGCUAAGUCAUACGAAGGAUAUUCUAUUGAUCUUUUAAAUGAACUUUCAAGAGUUUUUAAGUUUACAUACGAGAUAUAUCGAGCCCCAGAUGGUUUGUUUGGUGCCGAAACGGAAAAUGGAACCUGGAAUGGAAUGAUUGGAGAGAUAAUUAAAGGGGUUUGUAAUUUAAAUAAAUCAAUUUGUUUAAGAUUGUCGUAGUUUCGUAAGAGAGCUGAAAGAGUAAUGAUCCUGAAAGGAAUGGAAUGUCUGCUCAAACCUUAACGUGAUACGUAGUUGUGUCUAAUGAACAGUUCAAAAUGGAUAUUGUAUAGAAUUUAGAAGAUUUUAAAAAAGCUGGCGAAACUUUAAAAACCCAUUGAUAAAGUUUGAAUACAGGUUUUGUAGAUUCUGAUCCAGGUCAUGCUUCAAACGCCAAGAACUUUAACUAAAAAGACAUUGGGUGACCGUGCUUUUUUAGCUGUGGCACCUAAACUGUGGGAUGGGUUACCAUCACAAAUACGAAAUGAGCCCAAUUUUAAUAGGUUUAAAGGUUUACUUAAGACACAUUUUUUUAGAUUAGCUUUUUAUUAGGAAUUUUUUUUUUAGGAUUAUGUAUAUAUUAUAUUUUUAUAGAUCCAUCGUUUUUUUUGUAUAAUAUUUUUAGUUAUUUUGGAUAACUUAUUAAUGUUGAUAAUUUACUUUCAUGUAAUGCGCAUUUGAUCAUAUUUACAUGUAUUUUGCUCAAUAUAAAUAUUAAAUUAUUAUUAUUAUUAUUAUUAUCAUUAUUAUUAUUAUUAGGUUAAUUGAAUGAGACUUUCCUUUUAAAUCUAGUAACGUAUUUAAUUUUUUCUUUUCACUCAAAGAGAGCUGAUUUGGCAGUAAGUUCGCUGACUGUGACUGAGGCUCGAGAAAAUGUGGUGGACUUCACAGUUGCCUUCAUGUUUUACACAGAUGAAAUCUUAUUAAAGAAAACGUAUUCCAAAGAAAAAUCGGAUUUGCUACAAUUCAUGAGCCCUUUUCAUGAUCAUGUUUGGUUUUGUACUCUGGCCACACUCAUUCUCAUCUCUGUUGCUGUUUUUGUCAUAAACUACCUCAGUCCAUAUGGUCACAAGGACGCGAAUGGUAAGGGGACGUCAGAAGAGUUCAGCUUUUUCAACAGUACGUGGUUUGCAUUGGCAUGCAUGCUACAACAAGGUGGUGAUAACACGCCUCGAAACUUGUCGGGUUAGUAUAUACGUCUAGAGUAAUUCUAACGUUUAAGGAUCAGCUUUCGUUUGAUAAUAUGAAGAAUUAUGCAGAUUUCGGAAGGUUUUGUCCACCUUAGCCCUCCACUUCCCCUCAUAAAACACCCUAUAUUAUCUGUGUAAUUCCUCAUAUCUUUAUGCCUAGCCUUAGCUAACUUUUAGAACUUGAACGGUGUUAAAUCAUGGGAAAAAAGGCAUGAGGUGAAACUUGGGAGAAAUUCUACAUGGUACAACUUCAAUAGUGCCUCUAAAUGUUAUAAAGUGUUGUGAUAAGCAAAUACUAAUGCUAAGGAACGUUUUUCGGUCUGUACGAAAAGCUUUUAUCACUGUACGUUGUAAUUGGGGAAGUUUUACUUACCUUUAGGUCGUAUUCUCGCUGGCUGCUAUUGGUUUUGUAUUCUUAUCUGGAUCUCAACAUACACCGCCAAUCUGGCAGCCUUCCUCACUGUGAAGAACGCUGAAAGUCCCGUCAAAAACCUUGAAGACAUUGCCAAAUCAGACUACCAAGUGGGAGUACUUAGAUCCUCAAGUGUUUCUGAGGCAUUUAGGACAAGUCAGUAUGAAAUACACCAAAUCAUUUGGCAACGAAUUAUUUCAGGAGACAACUUGCCUAAAAAUAGAUCGGAAGGUAUUCAGUGGGUCAGAGAUCGAGAAAAAUUUGUGUUCAUAAGCGGAGGUCCAUCGCUUAGGUACUACGUCAACCAGCCACCUUGUGAUCUAAAGCUAGGUAAUAAGCUGUGUUUUUAGAGAGUACUAUGAUAUCGCAACCUCUUUCGCUUUACUUUGAUUCUGUUCCCAAAGACUAAGAGCUCUGUUUGUCAUAAAUGGUGCGUCCAGGGGUCUAUUUAAUAAAACUUUUACAAUUGUAAUUUACAAGUAUUACAAGUGUUAGACUCUAAAAACAAUAGCUAAACUAGUAAGUUACACUUGUAAAAGUUUUACUAAAUAGACCCCAGACUUGGAGACUCUAGAGUUGUUGAGAAGAGCUAAGGUAGGGAUGCACAUCGGAAGAUUAGAAUGAAACCCCUCAAGAAGACCAAUUUGGGCACGUCUCGUACCAUAAUCCGACACAGUAUGAAAACGUUUUGCUAUUAUAUUAUGUACAGAUUAGUUUCUCUACGCACACGACCCUGAACGAGCAAUUAUGAACUCGUCCUCUCCUACCUUCAUGGGUAGAAAUAACAUAUGUCCAGAAAUGCACACAAAAAAAGAAAUGACGAAUUUGGUAAAAACUGAAUUCACCAAAGGUUUAGUCUUUGAACAAUCCAAGUAAGAUAAAAAAAAAAACUAAAUAAAUAACAAAAAAAUUCACUUUUAUUUCCAUUCUGUGAGGUGGGGUGAGGUUUUGGGGGGGGGGCCUUCUCUAAUUCUACGGUUUAAGAGAUACAAGACGACUGUUAAUGGCUACCCCAAACAGUAUAGUAUGUCUCUGACACCAAGUGGGCACCCUUAUAUUCUGUACGUCGAUACUGGGUGACCAUGCUUCUUCAAUGUUUCUUCUUUAUAAGUUUCGGAGAAAAAGAAAGCCGCGUAAAGUGAAACCGGGUACUUUAAUUUAAAUUAAAAUUUUGGGCAGUUUCAGACCCUAGGAUAUUUCUUUGAAACAGUUGCAGGUUUAAGCACAGCAAAAGGAAUGGCAUUCGCUCUACAACAUAACUCUCCUUUUACCCGGGAAUUCACAUUGGCGAUUUUGCGUCUUCAAGAAAAUGGUUUUCUUGAGGGAUUAAGACGAAAAUGGUGGCAUGUCACAAGUAACUGCCCCCAAGAAGAAGAUACAAGUAAGAAAUAAGUAUUGCAUUUUGUAAUUUCAAGAGUUUCGUCGCCAUGAUAUCCGCAGAGCUCGAAGCAAAGUUCUUCACUUGGCGUACAUUUGGCCAUCUGAAUGUCAUGCAAAUCUAAUCGAUCUUCGUUUUCUUUGUUAUUCUAUGCUCAAUAUGUGGCUAGGCGAACAGCUGCUAAGAAAUACGGCUCUGCAGUUACAUGUAGCACUUUUUAGAGUAAUAAGAAACUCAUCUAAAAAACUCAUCUUUUCCCUUCCUUGCAGCAUUGGGCCGGAAGCAGAUUGAUCUGUCCAGCAUGCUGGGGGUUUACUUUGUGCUCAUCGCUGGAACAUUUUUGGCAUUCUUUGCGCUAUGCGCUGAGAUUUACUGGAAAAGAAGA